GUUUUCGAAAGCGGAAAGGACACCCGUAGGAGUCGUGCUAGGUGAACCUUGACCAUCAGCAACGGUUCCGGCUGCAGCACCGGACGACACCAGCAUCAUUCAGUUCAAGAUGGCGCACCUAUCGCCACCUCCCUCGCCUCCGGUUAUGAACAGCCAGACUCCGGAGCUGAGUGCCGCCUCGACGAACCUCAUCCAGCGUGCUUCGGCGUUCAGUUCCGUGCUGGGACAAAAGUGGAGCGCUAGAGAUCUUCCCCUGCUGUACAACCCACUGUUCUACUCGGGUGCUGCGUUUCUGUGGCCACAGUUCCUGCUGCCUCAGCAGCCCAUCACUCCGAUCUCGCCGAACUUGACCAACUCGCGGGAUUACACGCUAACCCCGGAAAAGGAGGAAGUCAUUGAUGAAGACAUGCCACUGAACCUCUCGAUGAAACCGUCCUCAUCGACGCCAAACUCUCGAUCUUCGUCGUCAGUGGCCACGGCUGCCGCUGCUGCGGCGGCUUCCCUAGCGCACUCGAUCCACAUCUGGUCGCCGGCCAGCAUGUGCGAGAAGGAAACAAUAGACGACAGUCAAAGCAACAUCGACAUCGAGAACGACGAUGGCGAUGGCGAUUCCUCGAGCGGUGGGGAGUUGCAUAUUGAUGAAUCACGGGAUCUGCAGCAGCAUCGGCAAAAUCAGCAGCAGUACAUGGAGAACCACAAGGCACGGAUUUUGACGGAAUACAACAAUCUUCUUCUCAACAGUGGCGCCGCCGCAGCGGUUGCCAGCGGAAUCAGCGGAAAGGGCGAUAAGAAUUACUUCAACUACAGCAAGAUUAGCAAAGGAUAUUUCACGCAUUUGCAACAACAACAGAAGAACCUGGAAAUCCUGCGGCAGAACCGUACGGAUGUGUUUGUGGUGAAUAACAAUGGUGGUAGUAACAAUAACAAUAACAACAACAAUCGGGAAGGUGUGAAGAACAACAAUGUGAGUGCGUCGUUCAGUGACGAUGGUGGUGAAAUUCGGGUGAAGAAUGAGAUUGCGCGGCCGGACUCGACCGGACACAGUGAAGGGUACGUGUUCAAGCGGGAAUCAGCACAGGGAUCUACAGGAAGUGAGGAGAAGAAGCCGGCUCGGCUGUAUCAGUGCAAACAGUGCGGCAAAACGUUCAAACGCUCCAGCACGCUAUCGACUCAUCUGCUGAUCCACAGUGACACCCGACCGUAUCCCUGCCAGUACUGCGGCAAACGCUUCCACCAAAAGUCCGACAUGAAGAAGCACACGUACAUCCACACCGGUGAAAAACCGCACAAAUGUGUCGUCUGCCUCAAAGCCUUCAGUCAAAGUUCGAAUCUCAUCACACACAUGCGCAAGCACUCCGGCUACAAACCAUUUUCAUGCGGGCUAUGCGAUAAGGCGUUCCAGCGAAAAGUGGAUCUGCGUCGUCAUCGCGAGGGACAACACGGUGAAAUCAUCGGCACCGUUGGCGGAGCAGGGGCACCGCCCAGCAGCGCCCUUUCACCGGCGGAUGAUUUCAAGCCGAGUAACAUCUCCUCUGUGGGUGCUGGUAGUCCCGCGAGUCCCGAUCACCUCCACCGCAGCUCACCCCCGAACCAAUCGGCGGCUAUGGCGGCCGUUGCCGCUGCGGCUGUAGCUGCGGCAGCCGCUGCAGGCUUCCACCACAAUCACCACAACCAGCACCAGCAUGCUCAUCAUCGCAAUCACAACCACCACGCGGACAUUAAAAUGGAAGUUAGCAGCAGUUGUUCAUGAUUCGACCCGAACUGGGCCCGGCUCACGAUGAUUUAGUUUAUUUUAUACCUACCUUUGUGUUACACAUUCUCCCUCACAGUCCCCACAAGCCUAAUGACGAUUUUUUGUUUUGAAAACGUAGAAAAAAAUGAGAUACAAACUCUGACAACAACAACAGAUGUUGCUCAAUUUGGGCGCUUCUUCUUCACACUGGCCUACUGCGCACCGUGUUGCUGCUGCUUAAGGUCCCGCUCGCAACACGCGUCAGAUGACGUUUCGGUUCUUUUUUCGGGUUUUGCUUUGUUCUUUCG